CCGUGCUGGAAGCCCUGAGUCCUGGCUGUGUCCCUCUUGUCACUGAAGAGCCAGACAGUACCAUGAGCCUGUGCCCCGCUGAAGUCCUGCAGGAGGACAAGGAGGGCUUCGAGAAAAUCAACACGAGACCUGGCAAGAUCAUCCUCUUCUCCGAGGCCGGCUUCGCAGGUCAGAAACGAGAGAUCUGGGGUGAUGUCCCCGACGCCACGUCCUGGGAGCUCUCGCACACCAUCUCCAUCCGGGUCAUCCGAGGCGGGUGGGUGAUGUACGAGAAGCCGCGGUUUCACGGGCGCAAGUGCGUGCUGGCCGAGGGGGACGUGGAGAUCGACAACCCCUGGACGGCGUACGGGCAGCAGGGGCAGCCCCGCGGCAGCCACCCCUUCCGCAUCGGCUCCUUCAAGAGGGUGGUGCGGGAUUACCGCACCCCCGAGAUCAGCCUGUUUGCGGAGGAGAACGGCGAAGGCGAGAGGCUGAAGUUCACUGACUCGGCCGAGGACACCCGCACACGGGGCCAGGCGCUCACUGCUGCCUCCAUCAUCGUCCACUCGGGCCUGUGGCUGGUUUACUCCAAGCCUUUCUUCGACGAUGACCCCUAUGUUUUGGAGCCAGGCGGGUACCCCAGUUUAAAGGCUUGGGGAGCAAAGGACCCAUCCAUCUGCUCCAUGCACCCCAUCAGGCUGGGUUGCCCAGUCGUGGAGAGACCCGGCGAGCCGCAGGUGCUGCUCUACGAGGCCGCAGGUUUCCAGGGCCGCAGCUUCACCAUCAGCCGAGACAUCUACGACCUGAAGUGCCUGCCUGGGCCAGCGCUGCCCACCGUGGGCUCCCUGCACGUCCUGGGUGGCUGCUGGGUUGGCUAUGAGAAGGAGGGCUUCCGUGGCCACCAGUAUCUGCUGGAGGAAGGGGAGUACCAGGACUGGAGGCAGUGGGGCGGCUACAACAAGGAGCUGGUGUCCUUACGGCUGAUACGGACGGACUUCUCCGACCCGGCUCUGGUCCUCUUUGAGGCCAUGGACUUCGAGGAGGGUCCGAGCGUGGAGCUGAGCGAGGCACUCCCCGACACGCAGCUGGCCGGCUACGGCACCAUCACCCAGUCCAUCCACGUGCUGAGCGGCGUGUGGGUGGCCUAUGAGGGCGCCAACUUUUCGGGUGAGCAGUACAUCCUGGAGAAGGGGGUGUACCGCAACUGUGAAGACUGGGGUGCCACGGAUUGCCGCAUCGCCUCGGCGCAGCCCAUCCUGCAGGUCGGGGAACACAACCUCCAUUUCGUCUCCAAGAUCCUGCUCUUCUCAGAGCCUGACUUCUUGGGGGACCAUGUUGCCUUUGAGGAGGACCAGGACACCCUGCCCGCCGCCUUCGUCCCACGCUCCUGCAGAGUCCGUGGGGGCAGCUGGAUCCUGUUUGACGGACAGGCCUUCGCGGGGGAGCAGCACGUGCUGUCCGAGGGCGAGUACCCCACGCUCAGUGCCAUGGGCUGCCUCUCCUCCUCCACCGCCAUCCGCUCCUUGAAGAAGGUCCCAGUGUUUUUCUCAGAACCCUCCAUCUUCCUGCACGGGCUGGAGUGUUUUGAGGGGAAGGAGAUCGAGCUGAACAAUGAAGUGCGGAGUCUCCAGGCAGAGGGUUUCAACAACCACGUGCUGUCGGUGCGCGUCAAAGGCGGGAUCUGGGUGCUGUGCGAACACGGUGACUUCCGAGGGCGUCAGUGGCUGCUGGAUUGCACUGAAAUCACCAACUGGCUGACAUACAGCGGGCUGCAGCACGUGGGAUCCCUCUACCCCAUCCGUCAGAGACGGAUUUAUUUCCGCAUCAGGAGCAGGGAGCUGGAGCUCUACCUCUUGGUCCCUGACGACGUGGAGGACAUGAAAGCGGGGAGGGUGGUGGUCUCCAGCCUGAGCGAGCAGAGCAGCUCUGUCUGGUACUACGUGGAUGGGCUGAUCAAAAACCAGGUGGCCCCCAACAUGAGCCUGCAGAUCAUCGGGCCAGCUGGGAAGGGCGCGAAGGCUGUGCUGUGGUCCGAGACUCGGAUGCCACGUCAGACCUGGAGUGUCGAUUCUCAGGGACGGAUCCACAGCCAGAUGUUCGAGGACAUGAUCCUGGAUAUAAAGGGUGGCCGAUCCUACGACCGGGACCACGCCAUCGUUUGGGACAUGGCUGAGGAAAGACCCACACAACUCUGGGACAUAGAGGUGCUAUGAGGGGGCGGCGUGUGGCCCUCGUGCCCAG